AUGAUUCUCACUAAAAAAAACUUCUAUAGGCCAUUCCCAGGCGCAGUGAAUAGCCGCCUCACCACCAAGAUGGACUUUCUCAAGCCUGCAGAAAUACCCCCUAUCGCAACCUACCAUGUGAUGAACUCCGAUGGUUCAGUAGAAGAUCCCAGUCACGUACCAUCCGGUGUGACCGACGAGCAAGUUCUUGAAUGGUACAAGAACAUGCUGACCGAAACAACAGUCAGUAUUAUGGACAACAUAAUGUUCGAAGCCCAAAGACACGGGCGUCUCAGUUUUUACAUGGUCUCUGCCGGAGAAGAGGCCGUCACUGUUGGCUCUGCAGCCGCGCUAGACCCUCAAGACGUGAUCACUUGCCAAUAUCGGGAGACCGGAGUUUUCAUGCAGCGUGGCUUUACUCUGCAAGAUUUUAUGAGCCAGCUGACUGCCAAUCACAACGAUCCUGGAAAGGGCCGAAACAUGCCGGUGCAUUACAGUGGAAAGAACAAAGUCAACGUCCAUGCCGUUGCCUCAACCCUUGCCACACAAAUUCCACAUGCUACCGGUGCUGCAUACGCACUGAAGAUGGACGCCCUGGAGAACCCCGGCCAACCGCCUCAGGUUGCAGCGUGCUACUUCGGCGAGGGGGCUGCAAGUGAGGGAGACUUCCAUGCAGCACUUAAUUUGGCUGCAGUGAAAAAAUGUCCCGUCAUCUUCCUUUGCCGUAAUAACGGCUUCGCCAUUUCAACGCCCACUAGCGAGCAGUAUAUCGGGGAUGGAGUUGCUGUACGCGGCAUGAGCUACGGUAUUGAGUCUCUUCGAGUGGACGGAACCGAUAUCUUUGCUGUCUAUGAAGCAACCAAAGAAGCACGACGAAAGGCUCUGGAGGAUGGAGGACGGCCUAUUCUCCUUGAAUUUAUGAGUUACCGCGUCUCUCACCACAGCACUAGCGAUGACAGCUUCGCGUACCGUGAUCGAAAGGAUGUUGACACUUGGAAGGCUCGUAACGAUCCGCUUUCCCGGCUGAGGCUGUGGAUGGAGAAGAAGGGUCUCUGGGAUGCUGAGAAAGAAAAGGAAACCCGUGCAACAAUUAGAGCUGCUGUUCUUAAGGAACUUGUCGCCGCAGAAAAAGAGAAAAAGCCAGCGCUCCGGGGGAUUUUUGAUGAUGUCUAUGCAGAGCUGACAGAGGAGGCCGAGGAACAAAAGGAGGAACUACGGAGACUGAUGAUGAAAUAUCCUGAAGAGUACGACAUGAACGAGCAUGAGGGGGGGAAUUCAGGGCUUUUAUCAGCUAUGAAGUACUAA